GUAGAGUGCCCCCCAAACUUUUAGUGCUGAACAAAUGAAUGCACUCUGGACAUUCUCAAAACACGAUACUCUAACGUCACACGUCUUGUAUACCAUGAUCUUUAAAAUCCUGAGUUAAAAAGUUUUUCUUGGUCAGUGAAAUAAAAACAAGUCACAGGGAUCAGCUGAGUAGUGAGCGAAACGAUACAGAAUAUGAAAGAGUGAAUAACUUUGGAUGGGUGGGCUUUUAGUCUUGUUUUUUUGGUAAAUCAACGAUCAUCAUCACAACGAUGGACGUCGACAAUGACUUUGAUCAGCAUUUGCUACAGCAGUUCAGUUGCAUGGGGACAACUGAUAAGGAUGAUUUGGUAAAACAACUGCAGAGGUUACUGGUGGGGAGUCAGCUCAAUGAAGCAACUGCCGCGUUUUUCCUGGAUAUGAACAAUUGGAACCUGCAAGCAGCAAUAUGCAGUUACCUCGAUUACGAGGCACCAUUUAAACUCCCCUGCAUGACUCUCCUCUGUGACAGUACUAUUGGCGAGGGUGAAUCAGUAUCACCCAAUACAAAAUUUCGUAAAUCAUGGCGUGUGCAAAAUUCGGGCACUGAUUCAUGGCCAGAUGGGAUUUGCUUACUGCACACUGGCGGAGUGAUGAUGGGUGAUUGUAAAAAGGUAGAAGUGCCAGCAUUAGCACCAAAGGAUACAACUGAAUUGAGUGUUGUUUUGAUGAGUCCCAGUGAACUGGGAACUUUUCAGAGUAAAUGGAGAAUGAUGACUGCUUCUGGAUCCUAUUUUGGGGAUGUCAUUUGGGUGAUUGUGACUGUGAGUGAAGCGGGCACGUUGGCCGUAACUCAACAACUUCAUCAGCUAAGUACUUCACAGUCGAAUGAUGUACAAAUGUGCUAGCCCCUCCCCCUUUCAAUCCUACGAUAUAUUUUCCAAUUUAUCUCUAUAAAAUCGUUUAAAAAGAUAAAUUUCUAUUUUAUAAAAAAAUACAACAAAAAAUCUUAAAAUGAAGAGAAAAAAAAAUGACUACUAUCACUUUGUGAAAAAACGUACUUGCUCCAAUGAUUGAGAGUAAAAGCAGAAUAUUAAUAAUGCGUAGUGGACUGCUCAGGUGAGUCACAUAAUUUUAUUGUCCCAGCGGCUAUUUAAGAAUAUUAAAUCACUCCAGCGAUGAGACGAUAAAAUUCGCCUGGCCAAAUUUCUUCUCUAUUAUACAUUGAAUUGAUCCCAUUUUGUAGCGUAGAUUCAAUGGCAUCGUCGAAAAAAUAUUGCUGGCUAUCCAAUUUUCUUUGAAUAUCUACAAUAUCGUUAUGAAAUUAAUUCAUCAUUAUUUUCUCUAACGAAAAACAUGAAAAGAUGGGGAUUUUACGCCCUGUGGUAACAUUGGAUAAUGAAAUUAGCGCUUUGGAUUAGUCAGUCGUUGGGACUGAUAACUGAUAGUAAUCCGUAGAAUGUUAUUUUCCAUUGCAAAAUAUAUUUUACUUCCUACAAUGAUUACAGGGGAGAGCUAGAACACUUAAUACCUUUCGAUUUUUUACAUAGAAUAUUUCGUUCCUGCUCGUAACUGGAAUUUGAUAGAGUAAUUGAAUACAUUUUAACCUCAAACAUGAAUCAAUUUUACUAAACUAUAUGAAAAAGCGAAGAAUACUGAAAAAUCUUAAUUUCUUCUUGUCAAUUCAUAAUUAGAAGACAAAAGUAUGAGUUGACAUCAGUGAAAACGAUUUAAUAUGAUAUUUUAAUUCUAAAAGCGUAGCCAUGUGUCAUAACACAAUCAGUGAUACCCUUUUUGUAUUCUACUCUCCCUUGAAGCCUUUUAAUCGAGUAAUCGUGUGCACUACGGUUACUUUUCUCGAUUCCACUUGUUUCAUGUCCCUGAGUUUAUCGAACUAAUGAAAUACUUAUUUUUAAAAUGGAUAAUGUGAUAAUGGAGCGUCUGUAAUGUGUGUGGUCAGUGAAUGAUAUAUUAACUUUUUAAAGACAAUGAUCUGUUAUUGAUUGUGCAACUGAUCUGUAUGGCGGGUUAAUCUUAAAAUUAAUGGGAAAACAAUGAACGGAAAAGAGUCAACAGAAGCCGAAAUAUAAACAUGGAGUUAUUAUGAGAUGAUAGAAAUUUAAGAAUGAGUUUAAUCUUCUUUCUUUCUGUUUUCUCUCUAAUUCUAAUUGUCUUGGAUUUUUCAAAAAUUAAAUUAGAUUGGGAAGAAAAAAAGAGAGAAGAAAGAAAGAAUAUAAUUUUUAUUAGGAUAAAUAAAGUAAAAGUUAUUCCUACAA